ACCGCAUCAUGAUCUUAUUAAGCCCUCUUCCCGCCUGCAGGCUUGAGGACGAGCAGCGGGAGAUGAACCACGUGGGCGGCGUCAGCUCUGAGGCUGCGGGCGGCGAGCUAAGCAUGGGCGGGGACGUGGGCGUGACCCUGCGAUGCGCCGUGUACAAGAAGAGUGUCGGUGUGGUGCACGAACUCUGCUCGGCCCACACUGUGUCAGCGGCACUCUGCGUACAGCGGUUGUCCAGCCAGCGGCCACUUACCAACCAGUGUCCCCCUUCGGUUCACCGCCAGUGGGUUCUAGUGACACGGCCGACUGAACCUUCCGGCCUGGACGAGACCAAAGCCAGCGUGGUGGGCCUGCAGCAGUGUCACCACCAGCACCAUCUCGGCCACACCACCUGCCACCCUCAGAGAGGGUGGCAAAACACAAUCUGCCCUCCAGAGACAUCACCACCAAAACAUAACAAAAAUGCAAAGACACUGCAGAGAGGUCUCCGCCAGCUGGACCGUGGACGAGUUCGGACAUCGCCCAGACCUUCUCUCUCUCUUGCGGUUGAUGAGAGUGAUGGUCAAGAGCAAAGUCCCAAAGAUUCCUUACCAUAUCAGAUCAAAAGAAACAAGCGGAACUCUCAAAGGAAUAACAGUGACAUCAAUUUAAAAGAAAAUUUAGAGUUACAUAAACCAGAGACUACUACUUCUCAAAUGCCUUUAAGGAGAAUGACAUCUACAGCUAUACCAAAUAAUUUGAAUGAAAUGCCAAUAAAUACACUCGAGAAUUCUACUAAAAUUUCGACCCAAAUCCAAGGUGAGAGGCAAAGCAAUAUUGCAUUUAUGGAAGAAGAAAUGCAAGUAGUUAACCUUCCAAUGAAUGAGACAUUUGAUGGUCAGACAACAGACAGCCCGCCUGUCUCGGAUAUAGCAGUACAGCAGAGCUUCACAGAUACACACAACAUGAAUAUCCCUAACAACAAGGGAGAAACACAUGAGGGAAAUAAUUUGGCAAAUAAUUCAGAACAAAAUUAUACUGACCAAAAUGAAGUCAUUGUUGCAGAAAAGACAGGGACAAUUUUAGUUGAAGAUGCCCAUGAAAUAGUCACAACAGUAAAAGCAGCUGAAGGAUUAGGACCAAUGGAUGAAACAUGGACCAAAGAGACUGUUGCUGUUGUCAUAGAAGAAGAAGAAGAAAUGAAUUAUGAGCAAGAUAAAGAAACAUCGGAAGGAAAUAACACAUUCACAGUACAGAAUCAUGCCGUUUUUCCAGUGUUCCCAGAAUUUGCUAGACCUAAUCCAACUCCUCACCUUAACAGCAAAGAGAAAGAAUCUGAGAAUAUGAGCUUCAGCACUGUCAACUUUGGACUAUGCAACACAGAAAAACCUGGAGAUACUCCUAAGUUAUCAUCCCCUAUAUUACCAACAAUUUUGUCCAGUGCAGACAGCCAACAGCAGGCAACUAAAGCUGUGGCCGAAAAUGGUGUGGGCCCAGAUAAAGUGACAGAAAAAAAUCCCCCUGAAAUAAACAUUUCUCUAACUGGAAAGGAAAACAUGGAAGAAAAUCCUGACAUGAAAAGUAAGAAUGAUGGAGAACCCAAUCAUAACAUGGAAGGAAAAAACAACACAGAAGCCAAGCAUGACAUGGAAGGAAAAAACAAUACUGAAGCCAAUCAUAACAUGGACGAAAAACACGACAAUGAAGCCAAUCAUAACAUGGACGAAAAACACGACAAUGAAGCCAAGCAUGACAUGGAAGGAAAAAAGAGCACUGAAGCCAAGCAUGACAUGGAAGGAAAAAACAGCACUGAAGUCAAUCAUAACAUGGACGAAAAACACGACAAUGAAGCCAAGCAUGACAUGGACGAAAAACACGACAAUGAAACCAAGCAUGACAUGGAAGGAAAAAACAGCACUGAAGCUAAUCAUAACAUGAACGAAAAACACGACACUGAAGCCAAGCAUGAUAUGGAAGGAAAAAACAGCACUGAAGCCAAGCAUGACAUGGAAGGAAAAAACAGCACUGAAGUCAAGCAUGAUAUGGAAGAAAAACACAAUACUGAUGCCAAGCAUGACAUGGAAAGUAAACAUGACACUGAAGCCAAGCAUAACAUCGAAGAAAAACACAACACUGAAACCAAGCAUGAUGGGACCUUAACAUCUGAGCAAACAAAUCUUAAGAAUCAACAGAAAGUGUCCCACGAAGCAAAGAAUGAUUCAAAAGCUCUCAUACGUCAAAUAUUUAGAGAUAUAUUUGGGUAAUUCAAGCAUUUGAUCUCUUUAUUAACCAUAUGUCUCAUCUGUC